AAUCAAAAGCAUUUCGAGGCAACUGGGACUAAUCCCUGUACAGAUGAGGUUCUAUUCGGUCACGUUAGAUAUCUCGAACAAACUGUUGGUGAAAGGCUUUUCGAACAUGGGAAACAUAUUUUUGUGAAAACGGAGAACGACAAUGAACGAGUGGCCAGAGUAGAGGUUUGUUGCAAAGGCAAGCUUUUUGUGAGCUAUCUCAACAUCGACGACAAGGAAAGGAAAGAAGACAUCGACGGCGAAAUUACUAUCAAUGAUGUCGUGACGAACGUGUUUGAGGUAGAUCAGUCGAAGAAGAGAGUCCUUGGUGAAGAGAAAGACAAACGUCGAAAAUGGGAUUUUCUCGAUGUUCAAGAGAUCACGAAGUAUAAGGAUAUGCUGGACAGUAGUUUAAAUGAAUUGAUUGAGGUCAGGAAGGUCAAUACUUUGAGCUUCAAGACGCCGUCGAGCCGCGGUGUGUGUUUUGUUGUCGCGUGCUCGCUAACCUGGGCGGCAUUGUAA